ACUUUUAGGGUAUAGAAUGUCUACACAUCGGCGAGAUAUACAACAAAGCAGUAGUACAGGAUGUCAUAAAUGUGGUGUCUUGUGUCUAUACGGCUGCAUUCACGUUUGCCGACUUAGGGACGCUAUCAUCAGUAAAGCCGCGUUCAAGCCACCACUAAGACCGGGAUACACACUCGAUGAUAACGGUAAUUUUGUAUUGGACGCCAAGCUGUGGCCUACACGGGUCGUCAGCAACGCUCUAUCAACACAUGGCAUUGAGGCGCGACAUAGAUUCAUACCAGGCCGUAUUGGCAAACAUAUAUCGGCAGUAUUGAUACAGCUAGCGGGAGAUAAGGCAUCCAAUGAUAAAUCCGAAGGACGCUACAACAAUGACCGAGAACUUGUUGUCUUCAGCCAUGGCAACAGCACUGAUAUCGGCUAUAUGUUUCCCGCGUACGUCAAUUUUUGCAGAAAUCAAAGAGUAGAUAUACUGGCAUACGACUACAGCGGAUACGGGCUGUCUGACGGUGAACCUGCUGAAAAGUGCCUCUACAGUGAUAUCGAACACGUAUACAAGUAUGUCAGAAGUUGGCUGAAAGUAAAGCCGGAACUGAUCAUCCUAUACGGUAACUCACUAGGAUCUGUACCAUCCUCUUAUUUGGCCAGCAUGCCCGAGAAAUAUCCAAUAGGCGGGCUUAUUCUAGACGCUCCACUGUCAUCAGCCAUAAGGUUACAGGUAGGCUACGUUAAGAAGACGCCGCGAUUCGAUGCUUUCGCCAAUAUAGAGUACCUCAAGAGCAAGGCAUUGUACCCGACACUUGUUAUACACGGUACAUCUGAUGGGAUCAUACCGAUCGAACACGCACGAGACCUAGCUUUCGUGGUUGAGGUACGACAUGCUGAACUCAUGCCCGAAGGAAACUAUACCCUGCAAUUUGAUAUGGAAUCUAGCAAAGAAUCAUGCGAUGAUAGCGUACCCGUGUUCAGCCGUCCUGGCAUCGAACUGAUUAAACAACCAGAGGACCUACUCCGCACAUGGUGGGUACCAGGUGCUGGACAUAACAACAUACAAUUGGAUUACCCAGAAGCUUAUGUCCGUACUAUUGAGGUGUUUUUUAAACUAUGUACAACAUGGAGAAUUAAUAGAAAAGGUUAAUCGGCUAUAGUGGGACGAGCGUUAUUCACAACUCGAAGCUCCACCCGCGCCUUGCGAUACUUUAAAAACGCGCACGCAAACGCCGUUAACAUGUGCAGCUGUAAAAUAU